GCAGGAGCUGGAGCCGGAGCCGGAGCCGGCGGUUGCAGUGGAGGCGGUGAUGUCGGUGCAGGUCGUGUCAGCAGCGGCUGCCGCGAAGGUGCCUGAGGUGGAGCUGAAGGACCUGAGCCCCUCCGAGGCGCAGCCGCAGCUGGCACUGAGCACGGCGGCCGUGAGCGCCAUGGCCCCCGCGGCGGGCGGCGGGGACCCUGAGGCUCCAGCUCCCGCUGGCGAGCGGCCCCCGGCCCCUGGCCCGGGCUCGGGGCCCGCCGCCGCCGCUCUCAGCCCUGCCGCCGGGAAAGUGCCUCAGGCGUCGGCCAUGAAGCGCAGCGACCCUCAUCACCAGCACCAGCGGCACCGCGACGGCGGCGAGGCCCUGGUCAGCCCCGACGGCACCGUCACCGAGGCGCCGCGCACAGUCAAGAAGCAGAUCCAAUUUGCUGACCAGAAGCAAGAGUUCAACAAACGUCCCACCAAAAUUGGACGUCGCUCUCUGUCUCGUUCCAUUUCUCAGUCAUCUACUGACAGCUAUAGCUCAGCUGCUUCAUAUACAGAUAGCUCUGAUGAUGAGACAUCUCCUAGGGACAAGCAGCAAAAGAACUCUAAAGGAAGUGGUGACUUCUGUGUCAAGAACAUCAAACAGGCAGAGUUUGGACGAAGAGAAAUUGAAAUUGCUGAACAAGAAAUGCCGGCACUGAUGGCUUUGAGGAAGAGAGCUCAAGGAGAAAAACCUUUGGCUGGAGCCAAAAUUGUGGGUUGUACACACAUCACUGCUCAGACUGCUGUGCUUAUGGAAACUCUGGGUGCUCUGGGGGCACAGUGCCGAUGGGCUGCCUGCAACAUCUAUUCCACUCUCAAUGAAGUGGCUGCUGCUCUAGCAGAAAGUGGUUUUCCUGUCUUUGCCUGGAAAGGAGAAUCAGAAGAUGACUUUUGGUGGUGCAUUGAUAGAUGUGUGAAUGUGGAAGGCUGGCAGCCAAACAUGAUCUUGGAUGAUGGAGGGGAUCUUACUCACUGGAUUUAUAAGAAGUAUCCCAACAUGUUUAAGAAAAUCAAGGGCAUAGUAGAGGAAAGUGUUACUGGAGUCCAUAGGCUGUACCAGCUAUCCAAAGCUGGGAAGCUGUGUGUUCCAGCCAUGAAUGUCAAUGACUCAGUCACCAAACAGAAAUUUGACAACCUCUAUUGUUGCCGUGAAUCAAUUCUUGAUGGACUUAAAAGGACAACAGACAUGAUGUUUGGUGGAAAGCAGGUGGUAGUCUGUGGCUAUGGAGAGGUGGGGAAGGGGUGCUGUGCUGCCUUAAAAGCCAUGGGCUCCAUUGUGUAUGUAACUGAGAUUGACCCCAUCUGUGCUCUUCAAGCCUGUAUGGAUGGAUUUCGAUUGGUGAAAUUAAAUGAAGUCAUCCGACAAGUGGAUAUUGUUAUUACCUGUACAGGUAACAAGAAUGUGGUAACCAGAGAGCACUUGGACCGCAUGAAGAAUAGCUGCAUCGUUUGUAACAUGGGACAUUCCAACACGGAGAUUGAUGUGACUUAUCAAAGUAUCUCUCAGUGUGACUUUCUGGUUUUAAAAUUUUAUGGCAUUUUUCUGGCACAACUGUAUUUCUGUCUGGGUAAAUGGCUCAAGCAAAGCAUGCUUUCAUCUCCACUGAGGGCUGCUCUGAUUGAGCUUCAGCAUUGCCAGGCGAGUCUACGGACACCAGAACUGACCUGGGAGCGAGUGAGAUCCCAGGUUGACCAUGUAAUAUGGCCUGAUGGCAAGAGGAUAGUAUUGCUGGCAGAGGGCCGUCUGCUGAACCUAAGCUGCUCCACAGUGCCUACAUUUGUGCUCUCAAUCACUGCUACUACUCAGGCUCUUGCCUUGAUAGAGCUUUACAAUGCUCCUGAGGGUCGCUAUAAGCAGGAUGUCUACCUGUUGCCCAAGAAAAUGGAUGAGUAUGUGGCGAGCCUACACCUGCCCACCUUUGAUGCCCACCUGACAGAGCUGACAGAUGAACAGGCCAAGUAUCUGGGACUCAACAAGAAUGGGCCCUUCAAGCCUAAUUACUACAGGUAUUAAGUUCCUGUAACUCAAGCCAGAAGAAGUUUUAAGGAAUAGAACUCUCAAGUCUUUUCUCCACUCCUAUACGGGAAAGAACCCAGCAAGCUGCUUCUCUAAUCAGCUGCCUGCCGUGCUCACUCUAUAUGUUAGGUUAUUUAUUUAUUAAAAUCUAGAAUCCUGUGCCUGUCACCUUGGCCCAGAGUGUGGUUACUGCUCUGAGGGCUGUGAGAGCCACAGAGGACAGGCUGAAGAAGGAAAGAAAUGGGGUAACAAUUCCCAGUGCAUCUUUUGCACAUUCCUCAUUGACUCUGAAUCCUCAGCAAUGGUCAUUUUUCUCUUGUCCAAGCUCAGGAGUUAGUUCAGGGAUUCCAGAUUCCUUGUUCCUUGGGGUUUUCUGGAAUAAAUUUUCAGCAUCUGCUGCCUUUCUCAGCUUUGGCCCUUCCACAGGUGAGGCCUUUUGGAAGUUACUAAAUUUACAUGGCCUGGGUUCCCAGCCUUGACCAUCACUAUCACUGCCUUCUUUAUAAAAUGGCUAGGAAGGAAGGAGUGUUUUGAUUUUGGCAAGCUACACCAAGAACUUGGCUGUGCUUGUGCUUACUGGGAGUCUCUUUCUUUACCCAGGAUUCCUUUCUUCUCCUUAAAUAUUUAUGUCUAUUUUAACACUUUCUGGUUCCAAGAGGAAUUGUGCCUCUGUUGUUUCCUAAGCAGCUCUGGUGUUUGUCAGGCAUUUGUUUUGCUGUCUUUCUAACCCAACUAACUUCUACUCAGGAAGUGGGGGCCAACCCCACUUUGGCCCGUAGUUUUACUUCUUUGUCAUUUAACUGGAUAGUUCCCCAGGAAGGUCCCUCCAGAUUGGAACUGCCUCAGAAAAGGAGGACUUAUUGUGAAACAUUGCUUCCUGAAACUUCCUCUUAUUGCCUACAACUACUUCUGAAACUGAGCAGGGAAAGAUAUACUUUCCAAAGGAUUUGGGGCAGUAGGGCUUCGGAAAUGGGACAGAUCUUUCAGGUCCACAGCUUGACACUCUAAAGAAGAGGAAUGUAUUUAUCUGUCUCCUGGGAACGGGCUUUGCAGCUUAACUGGCUAAGCUGUACAGAGAUGACAGUGUAAACUGUGUCCAGAUGAUCAAAGCUAGUUUAACUAGUUUGAACCUCAUUAGACAUUCAUUCCUUAGGCCAUUGCCAUUAAUGAAACUCAGAUCUAAUGUCUCUGCAAUUUAGUCUUUGGGCUUUCCUCUCUGCUGGUAUAUGUUUUUAUGUUCUGGCCUCUUCCAUCUUAGGAUUCUAUAUUUCACACGUAGUUUCUUAACUCUAACAUUAUAAAAAGUUAGUAAUGUGAGCAGCCUGAAAUUUUAUGUCCCACCUGAGAGUUGGAUUCAUUUGGAGACUGACCUGUUAGUCUUAAGGGUUCCAUUGUGACCAGAUUGACUCUGAGAGUUAGAGUCUGGAAUGGCCCUAGGAAUCUUGGAUGAAAUGAGUCCCUUUUCUCCCUGCCAACCCUCUUUAACACUCUCAAGUUUGUUUGUUUUCCCAUUUUUUUCGUAUGCUGGUCUGCCUCAAAGUGUCAAGACCAAGGUGACUCAAGGUAACCACCAGACCACCCAGGAUCACUGUAAUCUUCCCACUCUGAUUCUCCUCCCCUCCAGCCACCUUCUUCAACUUGCCCUGGUCUUCACAUAUACCCUCAGAGCUAGUCUGGAAGUGACCUCCCUUUUGGAGGUAGUGAGAUGGACCUUGGGCAAAUGGUUAUUUGCCUCAUUCAAUACAGUAUAUAGGCUCAGCCCAUAGAGUUUGGUUACUCAGAGGCCAUAUGUUAUGUCUUAGCAAAUACUGGAAAAGUGCCAUAUACAUGGCUAUAUGCUUUCAUGAAGAAGAUCAUAAAUGCUGAAAAUUCUGCUAGGCCACUCAGUUCUUUCUUUUGCCUAACCAGUUCUAAUUUUUUUAUUAACUAAUUGGAUUCCUUUAGGAAAAGAUUCAGAUUUUUGUACCUCAUUUUAUAUCCAGAGCAGAGUCUACUAGGCAGAUCUCUAGACUCUAGCCUAUUACAUUCUUAGGCCAAAAAUCAUAACCUGCUGCUUCUCAGAAAAGCCUGGCUCUCUAUGGAGCUUACUAUGUGCUUAUCCUGACAGUGCACAUUCUGCCUUGCUAUAGUGAAGAGACCUAUUCCAAAUAAAAAAGGAGCCACAUUGGGCUUCUAGAUUAGAUUUCCAGUGUUGCUACCCAUGGUGAGGUAUUUGCCUCUGAGUUUCAGAUGAUCUCUCUUCCUUUCUCUCUGGGGGCCCUGUGUCAUCAACCAUUAAGAACAAGGAGGCCCAGGUCUCCUGAGUAUUUGGGUUCUACCUUAGUGUUGGAAUUUGGUCAUUAUUCCCUCUAUCCUUGGAAUCACAACAAAUGUGUCUUCUUUCCUUAAGCUCUCACCUUAGAUGCAUCCUAUGUGUCUAGAAGCAUGAGGAAGAAUACUGAUUAUCUCUUUGUAUGUGACCCUGGCCUGUGAGGAUACUUACCAUUUUCUCUACAAUGAAUUUGUGCUAGUUUUCAAGGUCUUUUUGCCUUCUUAAUGGAAAUACUCAGUUUUCUUUUUCUCAGUAAAAAAAAAAAAAGAGAUCUGGUCUGCCUUCCUUCUGCCCUCCUACCCUCCCCUAUGAGCACGGCUCCCCAGGGCCACAUACUCCUGCAAAGCUUUUUUGCCUCUUGGCUUUUCUCUGAACAGAUCUGAAAUUGCUGCUCCUGUGGUUUUUCAAAAUUAACUAACUGUGUCAUGGUUUUAAAAAAGAAAUCAAAAUGCAUUGUUGCAUUAAGCUUUUUUAAUAAAGGAAAAUUAUGGAAAGAAAAUAGGCAACACCAGCAAAUUAUAUGUGGACAAGUUCUAAACUAUAUAUAUACAUACACAUAUAUAUAUAUAUAAAUAAAUCUAGUUCUCAUUGUCAUCUUAUUGAAAGGAAAUAAAACCUCUAAGGAUCACCAUUUCUGAGAGGUUCUUGGAAAUCUUUAUGUCUAAGUGAUUGGUUAGAUCAGCAAUAAUGACUAUGUAAUCUCAAAAGAUAAAUAAAAUAUUCUUAAAAUGGA